AUAACGGUAAUGAUAACGGUAAUGGUAAUGAUAAUGGUAAUGAUAAUGAUAAUGAUAAUGGGACUUCCCCUAUGAAUAACUCACAACAAGCAACAACUAUUCGACUCGUUUUGAAUAAAUGCAAUAGUUCAGAUAUAAUUUCUUAUGAACAUGAACAGAAGAACACGACUCACCAGACAGAAAAUAUGCAAAUGGAUGCUAAUACUAAAAAUAAAGAUUCUGAUCAUGGCUAUGAAAGUAGUGAAACAGCGUCAUAUGAAUAUAGUGAAGAAGAGGAAGAGGAAGAGAAAGAGAAAGAGAAAGAGAAAGAGGAAGGAAAACAAACAAAUAUGAACAGUACUGGUUGUUCAAAAUCUAUAAGUGUGGCCUCACUUCUUAAUGACAAAAAUCCGUUUAUACCAGAUGAAGAAAAUAAGAUGACAAACAGCAAUCCUAGUGAAUCUUUUGAAAGAUAUCUUCAGCAAGAUGAUAAUAAUUUAUCUCAAGCAAUCAGGAACAAUGAAGUGACUCAAAGUUUUGAUAAAGAAUAUUAUAUAAAUGCUUCUAAAGGGUUAUGGGAAAAAGUAGUGCAAUAUUCUACUGAAAAAAAUGUUCCCAUUGUUGAUAUUAACAAAUAUAAUGUUAGUACCUCUUCGCUUCCAAAUGCUGAAGGAUUCUUCAAACAUGUUUUUUUCCUUUCACAUGAUAAACAAAAAGUAGUUCAAACAUUUAGACAUAUGACUAUCUCACAACGAACAACAGAAAUAGUAGGUUUAUUAUGUUUGAAAGGGCUACGACAUAUGGGACAGAUUACGGAAGUACUUCAAGAGAGUCAUGGUGAGAUCAUUGGUCUGUGUAUGGAGCGUUAUGAAAAGACAUUAAAGCAAUAUACACAUGCACAUUCUCAUCAUCGUCUUACUGCUCAUCAAAAAAUGGAUUUAAUUAUUCAAAUGCUUCAGUGUCUUGAAACAAUUCAUAGUAUUGGUUUAGCACACAGAGAUCUUUCGGAAGUCAACUUUAUGGUAAAUGAGACAAAUGAAAAGUUACGUGAUGGAAGUUCAAAAGCAGAGCUUUUCUUGAUAGAUUUUGGUAAAUCUAUCUUUACGGAUGCUAAGAGUUAUCGUCACUGGUGGGUAGAACAACCUCCUGCCGGCGUGAGUGGUCAUGAUUAUGAUGGUGAGAUUGUUCCAAAGACUCGAGCAGAGCUUGAUCAAUGGUGUUGUCGAUUACCAUGGAUAAGAUCAAAACCAGAUCAUGGUUAUAAACUCUAUCGUUCAAUCCAGACAUUACCCAAGAGUCGAAUUGAUACAGAAGAUUUACCUUGGUUAGUAAACCCAAUUGCUGAGGACCUGUAUUCAAUUGGAACGAUCAUUUGGAAGACCUUUGCCGAAACUGAGCCAUGGUAUGGUAUAUUAGAUACCGAUUUAAAAGCUCUUCGUGAAACAGUGGGGCAAGAUUAUCAUAUUGAAAGGGCACUUGAGCGAGAGGUAGCAGGUGAAUUAAGCAGACAAUUAUUAUUGAAGUUCCUAAAGGUCUCACCUGAUCAACGCCAGUCAGCAACAGAGGUGCUUGCUUGGCUUCAAGAUAUAGAAAUUCAAGAUGGUUUAAUACAUGAAUGGGAACAGCAUGCACCAGUUGGUAGACAAAAGCGACAUGCUAAAGCAUUAUUUAGGUUUGAUGAAGAGCAAGCUGCAGAGAAUGAACGUAAAAAGCAAAGGACAUCCACUUUUAUGAAAUAAUUGUCUUGUAUAGUUAAUUUUGUGAAUAUAUACAUACAAAUAUGUAUAUAUCUAUAUAUAUUCAUAAAGAUAGAUGCAUUUGUAAAUAUACAAAUAUACCUUUUGUAGUGUUAUAAAUAAAUAAAAUUCAAGU